AUGUCAAGUCUGGCCAAGCCUCUGCCUGCUCUGUAUGCUGUUUACGUUUUGCGCUCCACGGUGAGAAGCAAAUCGAUAUACGUGGGAUCCACGCCAAAUCCACCAAGGCGGCUCAAACAACACAAUGGUGAGGCCAAAGGCGGUGCGGUGCGGACAUCGCGCGAGAGUCUGCGGCCCUGGGAGAUGAUUGUGCUUGUCACUGGAUUCCCGAGCUCGGUAGCAGCCUUGAAGUUUGAAUGGGCGCUGAACAACCCGCACCUUACGCUCCAUAUACCAAAAGAAGAUCGCAUUACAGUGGCUACGCGGCGGAAAAAGAAUGGCAUGCCAGCACGAUCACCGCAUUCUCUUGACUCUAUUAUUCCUAAUAUCCACCUCCUUACAAGCGUACCAAGCUUCGCAAGAUGGCCAUUGAACGUGCACUUCUUUAGCAAAGACGCUCACGAAGCCUGGAUAGACCGGGUAGAAACAAGCAAGACGGCUGUUCGAGCCGGACUGGAGAUAUUCAGCGACUUUGGUCCAUCUGCCGCCGACCUUUCGACGACAUCAUGGGGGAUUCACUCUUUGCCUCUGGAUUACUGGCCGAUGAAGGAGUACAUCGAAAAGGCACAUGAUGUGGUAUCAUUCGAAAGACAGGGCAAAUGCAUCCACUGCCACGAGGAAAUGGAGCCUGACCAAGGUUUAUACGCAAUGUGCCCCAAUGAUGGCUGCGAGGCAAUGGGGCACCUCGACUGCUGGAGCAAGCGUGCUUUGGCUAGCGAUGACGACCCCGAGGCCAUUCUACCAAACAGCUGCGAAUGCCCAUCAUGCAGAGGCAAUAUUCGAUGGGGAGACAUGAUCAAAGAACUGAGUCUCCGGACACGCGGAGCUGGCGAGGUGGAGAAGCUGCUGAAGAAGAAGAGACGG